AUGAAUGAUGAUAAAAAAAAUGCAAGUUCGGAAGACUUCUUUAUUCUACUUGGAUUUUCUAAUUGGCCUCAGCUGGAAGUAGUUCUCUUUGUGGUUAUCUUGAUCUUCUACCUGAUGACACUGACAGGAAACCUGUUCAUCAUCAUCCUGUCAUACGUGGACUCCCAUCUCCACACAACAAUGUACUUCUUCCUUUCAAACCUCUCAUUUCUGGAUCUCUGCUACACCACCAGCUCUAUCCCUCAGUUGCUGGUGAAUCUCCGGGGCCCGGAAAAGACCAUCUCGUAUGCUGGUUGCAUGGUUCAACUUUACUUUGUUCUUGCACUGGGAAUCGCAGAGUGUGUCCUACUGGUGGUGAUGUCCUAUGAUCGUUAUGCAGCUGUGUGUAGACCUUUGCAUUACACUGUCCUCAUGCACCCUCGUUUCUGCCACUUGUUGGCUGCGGCUUCUUGGGUAAUUGGUUUUACCAUCUCAGCACUUCAUUCCUCCUUUACUUUCUGGGUACCCCUUUGUGGACAUCGCCUAGUGGAUCACUUCUUCUGUGAAGUUCCAGCACUUCUGCGUUUAUCAUGUGUUGACACCCAUGCAAAUGAGCUGACCCUCAUGGUCAUGAGCUCCAUUUUUGUUCUCAUACCUCUCAUUCUCAUUCUCACUUCCUAUGGUGCCAUUGCCCGGGCUGUACUGAGCAUGCAAUCAACCACUGGGCUUCAGAAAGUGUUUAGGACAUGUGGAGCCCAUCUUAUGGUUGUAUCUCUCUUUUUCAUUCCAGUCAUGUGCAUGUAUCUCCAGCCACCAUCAGAAAAUUCUGAUCAGGGCAAGUUCAUUGCCCUCUUUUAUACUGUUGUCACACCGAGUCUUAAUCCUCUAAUCUACACUCUCAGAAACAAGGAUGUAAAAGGGGCAGCGAAGAGACUAUUGGGGUGGGAGUGGGGGAUGUGACAGGGAAAUCAUGUUGUCUGUUGUCAUUGUUUUUCCUAGGGUCUUAGCCAUCUUGAAAGGUGGUUUCCCUGCUUCUUUGUGAUUUAUUUUUGUU